AAACCCACUCUCAGUCGGCGUCUGGAGCUUGCUUGGAGCUGCCAUCUCUGUCCUCCUCCUCACUGAAUCACUGGGUACCGGCGUUUCCCCCCCAAAACCCCUAAAAACUGAAGAAAAAAAUCAACAGAAAAAAAACAGAAAAAAAAAAAGGAGUGCGCACAUGGGAGAGCGCUGCGUUUUUCCACUUGCGCGCGUAAUGCGAUGGCUUGUAUAUGAGGAGGACACUUUGGAAUGCGGAGAUAAAAUCAAGAGUCUAUAGAGGAGAGAGAGAGAAAGAGGAGAAAAAAAGAAAACAGACCGCGACCACAGAGUCGGGCUCCUCCCCGCCAAGGCCGUGACACCUCCGGCGGAUCACUGCGAACAGAAGAGGAUGACAGCGUUUUAUUUCCUGUUUGUUUUGGGUUUCUUUUACGCAGCGCUCUAACGCUGCCACUCAUCUUUCUCCCAGGCACGCACUGACUGACUGACUGCAUGGCUUCAGAAAGUUACCGGGAUAAUAACAUGGACAUCUGACGUGCGCCCUCGCAGCGUCAUUGGACCACAUUAAGCCCCCCUCUCUCCAUCACGUCUCGGACUAAUCUGCACUCUUUUCCUGCGUUUGGAGCGAAGGCUUGAGCAGUUGUCACUUUGGCCCUGACACAGGCUACACCCAGAAAGCGCAGAGGGGGGGUUUGACACUGUACGGCGCCACAGGAGACACCAAGUGUUGUUCUUCGUAUUCUUUGCUUUCUGCGCUUGUCUCACUUGUUUCUACAUCUCAGGAGGGGGGAGACAUAUUCUGUCUGGAUCCCCCCCUCACCACCCAGCUACAAAUAAAGCGCCUUUGAUUUAGUAACUUUAGGUUUCCUUCAACCUGCGCAAGUGUCACCUCAUCUGUCCCCACCAGUGAACGAUAAUUUCCUCUUUACUUGCGCAUGUUUUCUCUUUUCCAUUCCUGUAACCUUGAUAGAUCCUCUAAAGGGAAACGGGUCCACAUGUGACCGCGACCAGGUCACCUGUCCCGGUUAAGGCAUCCCCCCCUCUACAUCCCCAUAUUUGACUCCACACUGAGGCGGAAUAGACUAUCCAAGUUUUUGGUGUAGUGAUGCUGCAAGUGGAAAUGAUCCUCUUCAUCUGCCUGAUGCUGCUGAUGUGUGUUCUAAGCCAGGAGCCCGGAUCCAAAGUGGUGGCCGACCGCUACGCCGUCUUCUGGAACCGGACCAACACCAAGUUUCUCCGUGGUGAUUAUCACAUCGAUGUUUGCAUAAAUGACUACCUGGAUGUCUACUGUCCUCAUUAUGAGGACUCUGUGCCUAAGGAACGGACAGAGAGCUAUGUCCUCUACAUGGUCAACUAUGACGGCUACAGUACAUGCGACCACACUGCCAAAGGCUACAAGCGUUGGGAGUGCAACAGGCCGCAUUCCCCCAAUGGGCCACUAAAGUUUUCAGAGAAGUUUCAGCUCUUCACUCCCUUUUCUCUGGGCUUUGAGUUCCGACCAGGAAGAGAAUAUUAUUACAUCUCCUCUACAGUGGCUCCAAACGGGAAGAAAACAUGCCUAAAGCUAAAGGUUUUCGUCCGACCAUCAAACAGCUGUGUGAAAACUAUAAGCACACAUGACCGAGUUUUUGAUGUAGAUGACAGAGUAGAAAGUACGUUACCAAGAGAUGAAACUAGCCAUGAAACAGCUGCCCCAUCGCGGAGUGAAACAAAUGCUGCGAAACGUCUACAGACAACAAGUUCUCUGCUUGCUUUGCUGCUGGUCACCCUAGUGGGACUCUUCACUUUAUAGCGCCUCCCUCUGUACUGGAGUUUAUUUACACCUAGCGUGGCCUGAGUCUACCCUAGGCUGCAGGGUAGUAGGUGGGAUUUGGGUGGGUUGUAUUUGCUUGAUUGGGCAUAAAAAAGCAGGCUUCUCAAGAAAAAAAACAAACAUUUUUUUUCUGAAGAGGAAUUAACUAAGAGAUUUUUCUCCUUCUGUGAGUUAAAAUAGUUGAGUUAGAAGUGGGAGUGAGAAUUCCCCUCUUAAACAUUCAACCAAGAUGCCAAAUUAAAAUUUUUCCCACUUAGUGAUUCUUAUUUUCCCAUGACAUUUAACAUUACUCUACACCAUUUUUAUGUCAUUUCAGUACUGAUUUUUAACAAGGAAAUAUAGUUUAUAGUGCAUCCAGACAGACUGAUUUUCACACUGUUUAAACAUUGCAAAAGCACAUACAAAAUUAGUAGGAUUUUACAGUGUUAGACAGUUGCAGUAUAUACAGUUUUACAUUUUAGAUAAUAGGUCAUAGUGAUGACUGUACAUACAUCAAACAGGAAUAGAAAGUUUCCCUGAUCCCUUUCAACAAGCCCUUCAGAAAUCAGCGUAGUUGGGGUUUUAUGUAUUGGAAACUAUUUCUUAAGCCAGUGGUAGAGCAGAGUUGUUCACCAAUGCAACGUUUAAACAUGUGCUAAGUAUAUGACAUCCAUCUCAGCCAACUCAUCUACGCCGUCUUGGUGGUGGUCUCUUUCUCCUAAGUGUGAUGAGCUUUUGGAUGUUCUGGGUGAGCAAGUGGAGGCAAACCUCUUUCAUAUUAACAGGCGACUCCUCCUUUGUCACAAACCCAAUAAAAAGGCCCAAUAAAACAUUUCUGAAAGGGUUCUGUUCACUCAGACUCACAAAGCCAAAAUUAAAUUGAAACUUUCUCUCCAGACACUUCGUUAACCGCUGUUAAAAUCGAGAAUCAAUACCUUUUGAAACUUGAUAACACAAUUUCACGGCAGCAGUCACAGUCAUUUGUGCAAUGUUUACUGAGCUGGGGUGCAAUUGUUUUCUCUGUUCCAGUUGAGCAUUAGUCAAUAUUAACACUCCCAUAAACAUUUGCAUCUAAAAGUAUUUAUUCCCUGGAUAUUGAUUGUUCAAAAGGUUUCACAGCUUAAACUUUGCGUUGUUUUUAUUUAUCUGUUUGUUUCCAUAAUUAUGAAAUUAUUUAACUGAUCAAACAUUGUCUUUAACCCCUCAGACAGUUUAAACUUAAUUUUAGAUCCAAUUUAAUGAGAAAAACAACUGAUGUGCAAGGAAUGUUUAAAAAGACUGUCCAAUUUACAGUGCCACACUUUUUUUUCUUUAACGUAAUUAUAGCUCAGUUAAAUACUUGUUAGAGGCUUAUCAGUUUGAUGGUGUUACAGCAUUUAGCAAAGCAUUAUAAGGAUUUAUGCAUAGCUAUAAUUAGUUGAGCUCACUUAACGUAAGACAAAAGAGAAAUGCAUCCAUUAAAUUCAAGGCAGCUCGGUUCAUUCGGUUUAUGUUUCCACUUAAAAUCAAAGUAGUUUACUGAUCAGCAGCCCACUAAACACAUGGUGAGUUAGUAGAAUGAGAUUUUGUUUUUCAUUUCCUUGCAAGGGAUUGGAGUUUCACCUAAAGGUAUAGAUCAGGGUUUCUCUAUUGAGGCUCACUUAUAUUAAUUAGCACUUAACAUCUUAAAUGCACUUGGUAACUUUUUAGGUGUCUUUAUUUGGUAUUAAUCCAGAUUAAAAGGGCCCAGGAAAUGAAGCUAAUGUCUUUUUUUAUGUCUUAACUAAACUAAUAUUUUUACCACUACUUCAAUGGCUUUUAACUGGUUUUAAUUUUUCCACAAGCAAUGAAUCAUUUCAGAGCAACAUCAUUGCAUUAACGUCUCACAAAUAUCUUAGAAACGCUUGAUUUGCUUGCUUUUUGUUCUAAGUUUUUAUAAAGAUUCAAAUCACAGAAAGACUGGUUAACUUGACAAAUAACAUUUACCUGAUUAGUCCCACAAUUAUUUUCUAUUAAUAACUUUUUAUGAAUUUGUUAAUGCUGUUUUAAGUGGCUAAAACCGGUACCUUUUGUCUUUUCACUGUAAUUCCAACGUUUUGGUAAUUAUAUAGGUCUGUGUUUUACAUUUUCUUGAUAUAUCAAAUUAGAUAGAUUGGAACAGGAACAAACUGUGCAAUUUUAAAUGUUUUCAAAUUAUUUUGAUUGUUCUAGAGCUUCUAACAUCCCAGCAUCAGUUCAAGUUAAAAGAACUUUUUUUUCUGUGCCAUAGCUUACAGCAAUAAGAAAUGAGAGAAAAAAAUAUAAAAGAUGCACUAGCAUCAGUUGAACACUGGAACCAAUUUGUUUCAAAAACCCUAGAAAUGCCGUAACCAAUCAGAUUUCCAAAAAUAAAAGCAUUCCAAAAAGCACCAUAGAGGUUGAUCUUUAUGAUGUUUUAUGAACCUUUAAACUUUUCUCAUGCUUACAUCAGACAAUAAUUUACAAUUAAGCCAAUAGUUAUUUACUAGCAAAACAGAUGGACUAGGAAAUCCCUUUCCAAUGGGAAACACACACUACUGAUGGAGCAUUCAAACCACAUCCAAGCAGAGUAACUAACUACCUUAUAAAAAGUAUUGCUCUAAUAAAAGUUGUAAAAACUGUCAUCUAAAACUACUGUAAUAUUUUAGCAUUUGACCAAUCUGUACUUUUAUAUCAGAUCAUUACUCUAACCUGAAAGACUUGUUUCACAUAGGAAGAAAUUUUUUUGCACCCUGCCUCCUACCAUCAUUUCUUGCUGUAACUAUUUUUGUCCUUAGUAUGGAUCACUGCCCUUUGCAAAAGUUAUACUGGUUUAAGGGUUCAUAAGAUUGUGUUCUCAUAAACAGCUUGGCCUUUUUUAGGCCAAGUUAUCUUAGGAUGCUACUGGUGCCUUUCAGUCUUGAUAAUUUUUAAUGUGCUGUUAGAGUAAGCCUCUUGAAUGAGCUAAUCUGGAUUACUGCUAAAUAAAGAUGUUAUCAGAAUUAUAAUCUUUAAACAAAGCCUCACUUGAAAAUUCCUGUACUAUGCCUUUAUUUAUACUGAAUGUAACAUUAUAUCAGAGCAGCAUGGUGAAUGCAAGUUAUUAAAGAUGAACAACAUCGAGCAAAAAUGGAACAACCACACGCCCACCUUCUACUCCCACUGCUACAGUUUAAGUGACUCAUUCCUUUAUAGUGUUCAAUGUGACAGGCACACAGACAUGUAAUAGUUUGGGCACUUUUUUCUGGUUUUGAAAUGAGAUUGUGGAAGUCUUGGCAUGGGGAGGGAAGUGUAGAUUUUCACUGUGGGGAUUAUGGAGGCUCAAUGUCCAGUUUGUGAACGUCUAGUGAGUAAUGGAGACGAAAUAGAUGAAGAGAUGCUCACACACAUCAAUAAACACAAGUUUGGACAUCAAAUAUAUCUCACAGAAGUGUUAAGUGCCUAAAAAAUAAAUUUAAGACAAAAUCAGCAAAAAUUAAUUUGACACUACAGGACAAAAGAAAAUUAUUCAGUUCAAUACCAAACAAUGGUCUAGCACCAUUUGACCUCAGAUACACAUACUGUUUUGGGUUUGCUUUGUUUUUAUUUUGUGACUGCCUUUUUUUGCUUUCUAAAUAUAUAUUUUAUUGCAUUUCUGACAAAAACAACAACCUUUGCCUUCAGACAUUUGUUUCUUUAUAAACUGAUUUAACAAUGCUAUUACACAGAAUAGCAGCUCAGUUAUGAGAGGUAUUGGGAGAUGAGGUCAUUUAAUAGGAUACAGAUUUUCAGAAUAUCACCACAGGGAUAUGAGCACUGCAUAAAAUUAAACUUGGAUACUUAUCAGCAAAUUCUAAUCAGAAACCAGUUUUAAUUGUCAUUUUUCCUAUCCUUAUCAUGAUUUGUUCUGCACACAACCUUAACCUGGGAAAUGAGAAUCAACUUAUAUACUGGAUACUGUGUAUCCUGAGGUAGACAACCAUACAACAUAUAGUGUUAGGUUAGUAUCUGUUUUGUACCUUUCUGUAGGACAAAUGAAAAAAAAAGAUGAAACAAACCAUUGUUAAAAACUGUAUAAUUAUUAUUAUUGUUAUGAUGAUAAUGAUUA